AUGCCAGAAGAAGUUAAACCAACAGCGCAAUUAACACCGCAGCACCUGCAGUUUGAGGAAAACGUUUCUCGCCACAUAAUGUCGACACUUGGGAAUCUGGAACCGUUCAACGUGGAACACCCAGAAAAUUGGUCUACGUAUUAUGCGAGGUUCGAGCUCUACUUACUGGCCAAUGACGUACAGGGCAACGAUCGGCAAAGGGCCGUAUUUCUCACCUUAGCCGGAGCGCCAUUAUAUGAUCUCCUGUCGUCAUUGGCCUCGCCCCGUCAAGUGAGUCAACUAAGCAUAAAUGAAAUCAAAAUGAUUUUAACAAAUCAUUUUUCUCCCCGGCCCUCGGAAAUCGCGGCUUAUUACAAAUUCCACAAACGAGACCAAAAAUCUAAUGAGGGAUUUUCCGAGUACGUCGCAGCCUUGCGCAAAUUGGCUGUUGAUUGCAACUUUGGCACGGCGUUGGAUCGCAUGCUAAGAGAUCGCUUGGUAUGUGGCUUGCGUGAUGAGGCAUUGCAGCGCAACCUACUAGCAGAGCCGGACUUGAAGCUGCAAAAGGUUCUCGAUCGAGCUGCUACUGCCGAAGCAGCAUUUAAGCACGCAUCUGAAAUGCGACACUCCGAACAGGUUCAUCAUGUAGCGUCCAACAACAACCAUCGCCAUAAUCGUUUGAAAACGCGUGCUAGUUCCAACGCACAAACAAAGCCAUGCAAUGGAUGUGGUGGCUCACAUGCCCGCUGUCAGUGUCCGCAUCGAGAAACAAUUUGCUCGUCGUGUGGCACAAAAGGUCACCUUCAACGUGUUUGUCGCUCAUCAGCAUCUAACUCAGCCAAUCAGCAAAAGACAUCGCAUUCUUCAGGACGGUUAAAAAAGCAGAAACCACAAUCCAUAAAUCAAAUUUUGCCUCUGGUUGAUUUGAAAAAAUCAGCGACCAUCAGUAUUAAUGGAUAUAAUUGCACAUUUGAAAUCGAUUCGGGGUCAAACUAUACCAUAAUGUCAUCAACAACAUUUGAACGUGUGUGGCCGGUACAGAAGCCAAUCAUGCACACCAGUGACCUUGAACUUGUCGAUUUUCAACGUAAUAGAAUUCCUAUAAUGGGUGUGGUUGAUACAGAUGUAUCAUACGGCGGCCGUGAGGUCAGCUGCUUACCCGUCGUUGUCGUAGACGGAAACCGUUCAAACGUAUUAGGGUGCAAUUGGUUCACCCCACUGGGCAUUACAAUUCAGGGCGUCAAUGCAGUUGAAGAAGCAUCGUCAAUCAAAGGUAUCCUUAAGCAAUUUAAUCAUCUUUUCGCAGAGGAGCUGGGGUGUUUCAAAGGGAAGCCAGUUUCCCUCUACAUCGACAAGUUAGUUCAACCUAUUCGAUAUCCACCUCGGCGUAUUCCAUUAGCCACCAAAGGCCUUGUCGAAGCUGAACUAGACCGCCUAUGUUCACAAGGGAUCCUAGAGCCAGUUGAGUACUCGGACUGGGCCACACCGAUUGUGCCGGUUCCUAAGAGCGAUGGGACAAUCCGCAUUUGCGGCGACUAUAAGUCGACGCUUAACAAAGCACUAAAGCCGCACAACUUCCAGAUACCUGCUAUCAACACUUUACUUUCGUCUAUAGAGGGAGGCAGCAUUUUUGCCAAAAUAGAUCUUGCACAAGCCUAUCAGCAAUUGCAAGUGGACGAACAAUCAUCCGUGUUGCAGAGUAUCGUCACUCACAAAGGCGCCUUCAGAGUUACCAGGCUUCAAUUUGGAAUCUCUUCAGCGCCAGGGAUAUUUCAAAAUUUUAUAGAAACACUUUUAAGAAAUAUUCCGGGGGUGCUGCCGUAUUUUGACGACAUCGUUCUAAUGGGCAAAACAGAGGCUGAGCUCGCUGCUCGGCUGCAUGAGGUAUUUAGCCGAUUCAACACCGCUGGUCUUCGACUAAGAAAGGAUAAGUGUUCCUUCGGAGUCUCAAGCAUCGAGUUCCUGGGAUUCAAGCUGGAUUCACUGGGCAUUCGGCCAUCUCAGAGUAAAGUCAAGGCCAUUCAAAACGCUCCAGCACCCCAAGACAAAAAACAAUUGCAAGCGUUCUUGGGCCUCCUCAAUUUCUACCACUCCUUUUUACCGAACAAAGCUACAAUUGCCGAGCCCUUACAUCGCCUACUGGAUAAGAACUCCCAUUGGUUCUGGAAAAAAGGAACAACAACAGGCGUUCGAAAAUCUUAA